AUGACAAUCCUGGGAUUGUAUAGACCACCAUCUUUGGGCACUGAAUUACAGUUUGUCUCAGAAUUCCUCCAAUUCUUGGAAGAAAUACUGCCCUCAUAUUCGAACCUGAUGAUUCUUGGAGAUUUUAAUCUACACCUGGAUGACGGUACCAGUGCAUCUACAGACUUCAAUAACUCUUUGUAUUCACUUGGGCUAGAACAACAUGUCACAUUCCCUACCCAAAUUGAAGGAAAUGUACUUGAUCUUGUCAUAUCUGAGGUUACGAAUGGCAUCAAUGUACUGUCAUGUGAACAGGGCCCUUAUAUUUCUGAUCACUGUGUCAUCAAAGUCAUUACUUAUGUGAAAAGGGAAAACAUUAAAAGUGAAUCGGUAUCAUUCCGAAAUUUUAAAGCAAUUGACAAAUCAAAGUUUGCGAAUGAUCUGAACGAAAUAUCUCUCACGGAAAACAAUGUAGAUGGCAUAGUUGAAGAGUUCGAAGAUCAAGUUCAGAAAAAUUUAGAUACACAUGCACCUGUGAAAGAGAUAACUCGUGUACGUCGUGCUCCAAAGCCUUGGUUUAACGAGGAUAUCCUGCAAUUCAAACGAAAAUCUCGUAAAUGUGAACGAUUAUGGAUGAAGUAUAAGACCCCUGAGCACUAUCAGUUGUUUAAACAAGCAAGAAACAAGUAUCAUUUCGAACUGAAAGAGGAGAAAAGAAGGACACUUAGUCAGACAGUACUUGAUCUCAAAGGAAACUCAAAGUUAUAUAAAUUUGUUGCUGACAUCACUGGAACAAGUGCUGAUAACCCAAUGCCGAAUGGAGAAAACGACAACACCACAGCUGAGAAAUUCGCCGAUUUUUUCAUGGACAAAAUAAGCAAAAUCCGAGAGUCACUACAAACAUUUGAUCAGUUUGAACCCCAAGUGAAGGAUAUACCAUCUUUUGACAAUUUUGAUGAACUGACAGAGAAUAAAGUUAAACAAAUCAUAGGAAACAUGCAAUCUAAAUCAUGUGAACUAGAUAUUCUACCAACUAAGCUUCUGAAACAGUUUUUAGGUGAACUUUUGCCAUUCAUUACCAAAUUGGUCAAUGUAUCCCUUAUGCAAGGUGUCUUCCCUAGUAAAUGGAAAAAAGCCAUUGUUCGACCUUUGAUUAAAAAGAUUGGCCUUGAACUUACAUUCUCAAAUUACCGACAGGUCAGCAAUCUUUCAUUCCUUUCUUAA